AUGUUCCCUGAGCCAGAAGAGGCCUGGGGAUGUCAGCCAGUUGGCCAAUUGGCCAAGGGCCAACUUCAACAAUUGGUCUUCGAUGAUCCCAGCACUGAGCAGACUGACGACUACUGGUUGCAUCCAUGCGAUUGCCUGAACCCGAGCUUUGGCACAGGAUGGCCUGUAGACCCUGCGUCCUUUGAAGAGAUCCCUCCACAAGCCAAUGGUAUUUUUGUACCACCACCCUUUCUGCUAGUCUCGGGCCAAUUCGUUUGCCCGUCGAGACAGCUUUUGCCUGGCGCGGCUGGGGUCCACUUCAAAACCGAAGCCGAGAGCGGUGAACCCACUGAUUGCCAAGAACGAUGUCAGGGAGAGGAUCAUUGCCAUUUCUUUUGGACAGGUACAUCCCACGGAGCGGACACAUGCCGCCUCUUCAAAGGAUGCGACAGUUUGGUGCGCGAGUUCGGCAUGGAGGGAGAUCUCAUGGCCUUCCCACGAACACCCAGCUGUGCCGUGGCGAAUCCAGCAGCUUGUUGGCACUCGACCAUGCGCCGCAACUUCCUGAUCCAGACCGUAGGCACCUCUCCAUCGGCCUCACACCCUCCAGCAGUGAUCAACCAGGGCGGCCACCUGAAGUUCAAAGAUCUGUCGGCGAAGUCCUUGACUCCGCAAAACAGCUACGAGGAGAAACUGAAUGACCUCUCCAACGUCCGUAUGACUGGCUGGAACCGCAGGCUGAGUGGCUAUGGUUACUUCAGAGACGCAGCGGGCAUUGCGACCGCCACUGUCCAAAACCUCAAUGCACACAAAACCUACAAGUACACGCUGUGGAUGGACGGGAAUCAAAUGGACGUGACGAACAAGUUCUCCGUGAACCACGGCCCUCAGCUCAACGUGGUCCAACGGUCAAGCCGUCGGCGUCGUGCUCUGGCUGCGGACCGCACGGCAGUGGCCACUCCCCGUGGCGAGCUGAUCUUCGAGUUCGAAGCGACGGACUUUCCCUUGGGCUUUUUCGUGAGCAAGAGCGGUCAGUCCAGUCAAUCUUCCCGGGACUGCAGGAGGAGAUAUCAAAUCACUUCUUGCAACUGCUGGGCAAAAGAAGGCAAGUGCGCUGGAGCCAAAAUCGGCACAGAUGGAGUGUGCACUGCCUACGGCAAUAUGGAUGUCCAGGAUCACAACACAUACAAAAACCCGAAAGUGGAAGCCCACGCGAGUUGCAUGGCGCUUCCCUUCAAGCAGAGUGUCAGCUACCAGACCAGCAGCGGACCGAGUUUCAGUUGGCUUGAAACUGGCGCUGCCGCGAAUGCAACCAUGGCAGACACAGGUGAGGACGAUGAUGAUGAAACUGCAGCUGAGAUCAUGCCCGGUGGAAGCACCGGUCUACUGGAGGAGGAUGAGAUGGAGGACAGUCAUGAAGAUGAGGAUGCUUCUGAACACGAAGAUGACGAAGUGAACGUUGAUGAAACGCCCGACAGCAAAGAUGAAGGUGACGAGGAGUGGCCAGAAUAUGCGAGUAGUCUUGCCAUGGAGGAAGAGUCGAAGGCCGAGGCUGAGGAAGAAUCAGGCAUGGACGCCAGCUGCGAAGAGCUGCGAAGUCUAAGUUUGAUCCAGCCAAACUUGAGUCAGCAAUUUGCAUGA